UUGUUUCAGUCGUUGCUGCUCCCCUCAGUGGAAAAUAUUAGACCGACCGGCACAUUUCCGAACCACAGUAUCGCCCUUAUUAAACGGACAUUAAAUGCACCGACGAUUCAUUUUCGAUGAUCUGCCAGUAGCUACCAUAGAGGCACGAUGCUUUAUCAGAUUAUUAUAAACGUUUACACUGGUACACAGCUAGCAGGUUAGCUGGCGUCUAUUGGGAUUGCCAGUGGACGAAGAGCGAGCUGCUUCAUUUCCUCGUUUCUCGGAUCGGGAACAAAUCCAGCGGUGUGGUGUCGGGAAGCUCGUAUGUUUUGGUGAACAUGGAGCUAUUUCAAGCUAAAGAUCAUUAUAUUCUCCAGAGCGGAGAUAACGCGCUGUGGUGCAGCAGGAAGGAUGGAUCUAUGGCCGUGAGACCGGCGACUGACCUGCUGCUAGCAUGGAAUCCUGUCUGUCUGGGCCUUGUAGAAGGUAUUAUUGGAAAAAUACAGCUUCAUGCCGAUCUUCCUCUGGGCCUGAUUCUGAUUCGCCAGAAAGCACUGGUGGGCCAGUUGCCAGGAGACCAUAAAGUCUACAAGAUUACUAAGAUCGUAGUCAUUCCACUCUCAGAGGAUGAACCACAGGAUCUGGAAUUAGAGCUCUGUAAAAAGCAUCAUUUUGGAAUCAACAAACCAGAGAAAAUCACCCAGUCACCGGACGAGUCCAAGUUCCUGUUGAAGACCCUGAGUCAGAUCAAAUCUAAUGUUGCCGUUCCCAUGAAGAAAAAGUAUUCCCCUGCCUUUCAGGUCAAAGAGAAUAAAGAGAAGGAACGUCUGGAGAGACGGCUGCUUGAUGAGCUCUAUAAGAUAUUCAUGGACUCGGAUUCAUUUUACUAUAGUCUGACCUAUGACCUCACCAAUACGGUCCAGCGACAGGGAGAGUUAGGCAAGUCAGAUCAGCCCUUGUGGAAAAAGGUGGAUGAUAGAUUUUUCUGGAACAAGCACAUGAUCAAAGACCUCAUUGACUUGCAGGUGCCUCAAGUGGACUUUUGGGUGAUUCCUAUCAUCCAAGGCUUCGUGCAGGUGGAGGAGCUGGUGGUGAACUAUAACGAGAGCUCUGAUGAAGAGAGGAGUAGCCCGGAGACACCUCUGCAGGAGCCCACCUGUGUGGAUGAUAUUCACCCACGCUUCACUGUGGCUCUAAUCUCCAGACGAAGCCGUCACCGUGCAGGAAUGCGCUACAAGCGGAGGGGCGUGGAUACUGACGGACACGUGGCCAACUAUGUGGAAACGGAGCAGCUGAUCCAUGUGCACAGUCACACGCUGUCCUUUGUACAAACGCGAGGCUCUGUCCCUGUGUUUUGGAGCCAAGCUGGGUAUCGCUACAACCCCAGACCUCGGAUAGAGAAAGGCGAGAGGGAAACUAUGCCUUAUUUUGCUUCUCACUUUGAACAGCAAGUUCAGAUUCACAAAAAACUGGUGAUUAUUAAUUUAGUGGACCAAAAUGGACGCGAGAAGAUGAUUGGUGAUGCUUACCUCAAACAAGUUCUGCUUUACAAUAAUUCCAACCUAACAUAUGUUUCAUUCGAUUUCCAUGAGCACUGUCGAGGGAUGAAGUUUGAGAAUGUGCAGACUCUCACUGAUGCCAUCUCUGACAUUAUCACAGACAUGAGAUGGGCCUGGGUGGACCAAGCAGGAGUCAUCUGCCAACAAGAAGGCAUCUUCCGGGUUAACUGCAUGGAUUGCUUGGACAGGACUAAUGUGGUACAGGCAGCUAUCGGCCGCGUGGUCAUGGAACAGCAGCUGAAAAAACUUGGUGUAAUGCCACCCGAGCAGCCACUGCCCCUCAAGUGUUACAGGAUCUAUCAGGUGAUGUGGGCCAACAAUGGAGACACCAUUAGCCGUCAGUAUGCUGGCACAGCUGCCCUAAAGGGAGAUUUCACACGAACAGGAGAGCGAAAGUUAGCGGGGGUGAUGAAGGAUGGUGUGAACUCAGCUAAUCGUUACUAUCUGAACCGUUUCAGAGAUGCCUACCGACAGGCCGUCAUUGACCUCAUGAUGGGCCUUCCAGUAACGGAAGACCUGUACUCCAUCUUCAGCAAAGAGAAAGAGCAGGAGGAGAAAGAGAGGGAGAGCCAAAGAGGAGCUCAGGAGCAGGUCAGCCUCCUGCUGCAGACAUACAUGCAGCUGCUGCUGCCUGAUGAUGAGAAGUUUCACGGUGGAUGGGCACUUAUCGACUGUGAUCCAAGUCUUAUAGAUGCCACUCACAAAGAUGUUGAUGUUCUUCUGCUGUUGUCCAACUGUGCAUAUUAUGUGGCCUACUAUGAUGAGGAGGCGGACAAAGUCAACCAGUAUCAGAGACUAAGUUUAGAAGGACUUGAAAAGAUCGAAAUUGGUCCAGAACCGACUCUUUUCGGAAAGCCUAAAUACUGCUGCAUGCGGCUACACUAUAAGAACGGGGAGAUGAGUGGUUACUUCCAUACACUGAGGGCUGUCACACGAAAUCCAGAAGAUGAUGGAAAAGACACACUCCAGUGCAUUGCGGAAAUGCUUCGUAUUACAAAGCAAGCUAUGGGGCUUGACGUCCAGGUUGUUGAGAAGAAACUAGAGAGGAGACACAGCAAACCACAUGAGGAUAUAAUGGGAAUACAAGGGAAAGCCGUGGACCAAGUCCUUGGGUCUGGUUUGGCUCAAGGCAAAAGUUUCCUUUUGAACAAGUUUUCAACACUAAACCAGAAAGUGAAGCAGACAAAGACUAACGUGAACAUUGGAAACUUCAAGCCCUUGGGGAAACUAGGGACCUUCUCGAAGCCUGAGGUAAAAGUGAACUUCCUCAAGCCAAACUUGCAUAUGAACCUCUGGAAAUCAGACAGCAGUUUAGAGACUCAUGAUGGCAAUACGGGUUCAGCAGCCCUGAAAGUCCUUAAUGACGAACAUUCAGAGGAGAUUUCCUCUGAUUCUGAUUCAUACAACUCUGACGAGCAGCCUCGUUCAGGCUCUCGGGAAAACGUAGACUACGUGCUUCCUAGCUGUGGAAUUGUAGCAUCUGCACCACGACUUGGCAGUCGUUCGCAGUCAAUUGGCAGCGUCGAGCUUGCGGUGCCCUCUGUCAUCCGAGUCACAGGAUGUGAUGACAAGACAGCAGAUAGCUUGUCAGUUGGCCUGGAUGGCCAGUCUCCCGGGUCCGCCUCGGUGGCUGAGGAAGCCAUUCUGAUUGACUUCGGGACACCUAUCGAUGCUUACUGCCACCAAUUUGUCCAGGAUGCCAAGAUCAAACCAAUAGAGGUGUUUGAGGAUGUGGCUCCAGCACCCAAACCGCAAGCGCCUCAAGCCCCCUCAGCUCCAGACGCAAAGCUGGGGUCUUCACAUUCCCAACAGCAGCUUCCUCGCCCAUCCCAGCUUGAGGUAGAGUCCUCCGUCCAUGGGGCAAAUCUUCUGACUGUUCAGCCUGCCACAUCAUGCGGGUCACAAAAGAGCCUGGAAGGUGUCACAGGACCCUCCCCCGCAGACAGCAACGGAAGCCGGGUUGUGUCGCCCUUCGCAAAGAUCAGGAGCUCCAUGGUGCAGGUGGCUAGUUUAACCCAAGCUGGACUUACCCAAGGCAUCAACUUUGCUGUAGCAAAAGUACAGAAAAGCCCAGAACCAGACGCUGUCAACGAAACCCAAGAGAAUGAAUUGCGAGCGAUGUUUACACAGUGCCAGACCAGGAUCAUUCAGAUAUAGCGUGCUUAGCGGAUGUGUUUUUAGCGUUUGAUCGUGACUUCCAGUACAGUAACUUUAGCAUAAGCUCACAAAAGUCAAGCCACACUCCUAUUUGUCUCUCCAGUUAACAGAACCAAAGUUUACAGCCAGUGUUGAGUAGUAAGUAGUACGAUUAACUCGACCAAGUCGAAUCCUAAACAUCUUUAUAUUGCUGGUUUGCAUGUUAAGAAGUAACCCUGAGGUAGAUUAGGACAGGCAAGUUUUAUUGCAUGUCGAGACCCAAGACCUAGAUAUGUCAUGUAACCCCAUUUGUGCAGUAAAUUUCACUGGCUGUCGUAGCUGUAACUAAAACCUUUCCUGAUUGGAAUAUCUAUCAGUGGGUGGCUUAAUAUUUCACGUUAGACAACCAGACAGUACAGUUAUAUGGAUAUCUUUGAUGUGGUGUUUGUCAUAAAAAUAUACCAAAAUAGGACCAGAGUAGUUGUGUAGGGUCUAUGGUCAAAUUAUAUUAUUCAACUGUAAAAAAGUAUUGUAUGUAAGUACUGUAGCAGUUUCCUUUAGAACUCUCUAAUUAAGAUGUUUAUAGACAGAGAAUUAUAUUUACAUGCUCUUAAGUUCAUAAUCAUAGCUGAUGGAAACAAGACGCCUCUGUUGAUCCGAUCAUGCAACUAAAUCAUUCUGUCAAACAAAACGUUCGUUUCAUAGCAUUAGCAGAUGACUCAAACAACUAUUUAUUGUCACAAGUUUAUUUUGAGAAAGGCUUAUGUCUUAAAAUUUAACAUCCAUGUCUUAUUUUUCAGUUGUAUGUGAUGGGAUAAUGUAACGGUGGUCUGCUGAUAUCUUAAAAUGCUCUGCUUGUUCAUUGGGGGACGUUCAUAUGCAGAUAUGACUGGUUUUAAGUACCUGUAAAAACCUCAAAUUAAUUGUUUGCAGUUGCUGGACCUCCGUAUGCAUAUAUAAUGACUUUUGACUGGUAUUUGACAUAGGUCUGAUGCAAGGUACCCUCGAUUAUCAAUGUUUUGCACUCAUUAAAUGGCAAGAGCAAGCCAUAUCAAAUUGCUAAAUACAGGUUUUUGACAAGUCUACCUAUAAAUCUGUUUUCAUUCAGUUUACAUUUAUUUCUGUCUGUAGUAUCUAUGCCAUGUCUUUAGAUUCACGUUGGCUUGAAGGCAUUUGCUUUAAAAUUGAGAAGUGAUUAGAUCAUCUUUUGAAGCCUUACCCUAUAUAUUGUAGAUUUGGAAAAAACUAUUUCAAGCCUUACUGGGUGAUAUCUAGUGGAUCCUAGUUUAAUUAUGCAUUAAUUACUGUUGUUUAAGUGCAGAUCCUGUGGGAUUGAUCUUUGUGUAUCAAGAGACGCUGAAAUAGUUCAAUAUCUUAUGGGCUAAAUAAUAUCAAAAGGUCUGAAUAAGACACUGUGAUCUCAUGUGAACAUCAAUGAGAACGUUAUAUUGGCUUUUAGAGCUGGUUUAUCAGUUCUUUGGGCCACAGUUAGCUCUUUAAACCCACCAUGAGCUUUGUUUCUCACACGUCAUUUCUUACUUGUCUUUCUCUCAGAAGUACUGUAGCAUAGAGUGCUGUGCUGUUACACAAUGUUCUUGACAUUCCUGGAGCUGGUACGUGGUUUUGAUAAGCUUCCGAGAUUGAAACUGUCUUGAGUUUUAAUAUAUGGUGGCUGUUAUGCAACAGUGAUAAAUACAAGCGCAGUAGAUUUGGUGGCAAGCUGACUUUUUUUUUUUUUUUUACUAUUUAAGAUGACAUGCACUGGACUGCACUCUGUUCUUUGCUUUAAAUUUAAAAUGUUGUUCUUUGGCAGAGGUUUAUGCUGAGGAUCUUGACAAACAUUCCUCUCAUUUUUGGAGGUGGGGUAGAUUUAUGUUUUUGAUUAUGUAUGAAUUUUUAAUUUUCUAUGCAUAAAGACUUGCACUGUCCUUUGUGGUUGUUCCCCGAACAUCUUGCAAUUUGUUGCAAUUUGUCACAAAGUGCUUUUGAAUCCACUUUUUAUUUUCAAUGUUUGUAACUGACCUGAACUGACAUGUAUCAUAUAACAUUUUGUCUAACAGUCUUGUAAAUCAUGUGCAGCUUCUUCACAUUUGAGAGAACGUUGUCCUCCAUAGAUGUUUGUGAAUUGUUUUCAUCCAUUGUACCCAACAUUUUAUUGCAGAGUAUUUAUUCAAAAUUCAUGUUCUCAAGCUUAUUCCCCAGUAUUUUCCUAUGUUAAUAACAAUGUAAACUGCUGUAUUUUAAAAUGUAAUGGGAUGUGCCUGGGAGGAUUUUUAAGUAAAU